AUGAGUCAGACCUUAAUUAAGACCUCCAGCUCCAAUAAUUACACAAUUAUUCAUGAUGGAGUGAAGGUCUAUUCAUGCAAUGAAACUGGGCAUAACUUUGAACAAGACUCAAACUUGAUGGAACAUCAGGGAGCUCAGUCUUCACACAAGGAUUCUAAAAGUAGUAAAUGUAAGAAUAUCUUUUAUCAAGCAACAGAUCUUUCUCUAAAUAAGAGUAUUCAUAGUGGAGAGAAAACUUACAAUUGUAGUGAAUAUGGUAAGGUUUCUAAUCAGUCUUCAAAUCUGAUUAAGCAGCAGAGAAUUCAGAAUCCACAGAAACAUUACAAGUGUAAUAAAUGUGGGAAAGUCUUCAGUAACUCAUCUAAUAUAAGUAAACACAGGAAGACACGUUCAGGAAGCAAACCUUUCAAGUGUACAGGAUGUGCCAAAGCCUUUAAUCAGAGUUCAAAUCUUAGUCAACAUCGGCAAAUCCAUACUGGCAGGAAACCUUAUAAAUGUAGCAAAUGUGGCAAAGUGUUUAUCUAUUUCUCAACUCUUAGUCAACAUCAGCAAAUUCACAUUGGGGAGAAACCUUAUCAAUGUGCAAAGUGUGGCAAAGCCUUUAGUCAGAACUCAAAUCUUACUCGACACCAGCGAAUUCAUACUGGAGAGAAACCUUAUAAAUGUAAGGAUUGUGGCAAAGCCUUUAGCCGGCGCUAUGGUCUUACUCAACACCAGCGAAUUCAUACUGGAGAGAGACCUUAUAAAUGUAAAGAAUGUGGGAAAGCCUUCAAUACAAACUCACAUCUUACUCAACACCAGCGAAUUCAUACUGGAGUGCAACCUUAUAAAUGUAAGGAUUGUGGCAAAGCUUUUAGCCAGUGCUAUGGCUUUACUCAACAUGAGUUAAUUCAUACUGGAGAGAAACCUUAUAAAUGUAAAGAAUGUGGAAAAGCCUUUAGUCAAUCCUCAACUCUUUCUAAACACCGGCGAAUUCAUACUGGAGAGAAACCUUAUAAAUGUAAAGAAUGUGGAAAAGCAUUUAAUAAAAACUCAACUCUUACUAAACACCAGCGAAUUCAUACUGGAGAGAAGCCUUAUAAAUGUAAGGUUUGUGGCAAAGCCUUUAGCCAGAGCUAUGGUUUUACUCAACAUCAGUUAAUUCAUACUGGAGAGAAACCUUUUAAAUGUAAAGAAUGUGGAAAAGCCUUUAGUCAAUCCUCAACUCUUACUAAACACCAGCGAAUUCAUACUGGAGAGAAACCUUAUAAAUGUAAAGAAUGUGGAAAAGCAUUUAAUAAAAACUCAACUCUUAACAAACACCAGCGAAUUCAUACUGGAGAGAAGCCUUAUAAAUGCAAUGAUUGUGGCAAAGCCUUUAGCCAGAGCAAUGGUUUUACUCAACAUCAGUUAAUUCAUACUGGAGAAAAACCUUUUAAAUGUAAAGAAUGUGGGAAAGCCUUUAGUCUAUCCUCAACUCUUGCUAAACACCAGCGAAUUCAUACUGGAGAGAAACCUUAUAAAUGUAAGGAUUGUGGCAAAGCCUUUAGCCGGCGCUAUGGCUUUACUCAGCAUCAGUUAAUUCAUACUGGAGAUAAACUUUAUAAAUGUAAAGAAUGUGGAAAAGCCUUUAGUCAAUCCUCAACUCUUACUAAACACCAGCGAAUUCAUACUGGAGUGAAACCUUAUAAAUGUAAGGAUUGUGGCAAAGCCUUUAGCCGGCGCUAUGGCUUUACUCAACAUCAGUUAAUUCAUACUGGAGAGAAACCUUAUAAAUGUAAAGAAUGUGGGAAAGCCUUUAGUCAAUCCUCAACUCUUACUAAACACCAGCGAAUUCAUACUGGAGAGAAACCUUAUAAAUGUAAAGAAUGUGGAAAAGCCUUUAGGCAUAGCAGUCAUCUCACUAGGCUUCUCAGUGCACAUACUGGAGAGAAACCCUCAUAAUGAAAUAAGUGAUGGAAGAAGUUUGUCCUAAACAUACACGUUGGAAAACACGAGACCAUUUAUAUAAGAAGGACAUGGAAUGAUGUAGAAAUGUAAAAGAAAAAAAUGUAGAAAAUGGUUUAAUGAAAAAUGAAAUCUAAAUAAAUACCAGAAAAUCCAUACUAGAAAACUUUACAUCAAUCCUGUUUUCCGAAGUUCCUCUUACAGAGAAGUACUAUAGAUAGUAAUCAACAGUUAAAACAGAUAGAAAAUUGAUAUGUUAGUGUGGAUCACAAGAUGAAAGGUUGAUGUUUAUAAAGGUACAAUUAUUAGCAAUGUAUCCUUGUUUAUACUGACAUGAUUUGUGAUUAUUUGAAAAUGAAUGUAGUUCAACUCUCUACUUACUCCAAGGUAUGAUUCAUUUCUAGUGUGCAUGCAAGCUUAUGUUUUUGAUAGUUGGUACCUCAAAGAUGAGAGAAGCCCUUCUAUCUAGGGAGAAAUCAUUUAUAUGUAUUCUCCAUUAGAAGAUUAAGGACACAGUAAUGUAACAUGUACAGUAAACAUCUAAAUGGUGGUGUUUGUCAUUCAUGUCACACAUCCCUGUAGGUCACCAUGAUGUAAGUGUUCAGGGAAUAAUUCCACAUACUAAAGAUGUAAGUUAUUAAGUUAUGCUUUUAAAGGUUAAUAUAAUGACAGUUCACUGAAAUCUUGAUGUGUUUUAUAAUAUCAGCAGAAAUUAUGAAUGUUUACCAUAUUUCAAAUAACCUCUGAUACCCUAAAAUGUAUGGGAAACCCUUCCCAGAAAAUUCCUGUAAUUAUUGUAAGUCUUCUUUCUUAAAUGAUUAGUCUCCAUUUUGUAACCAUAGAAAUCACAGUUGUCAGAUCAUUAUAUCAGAGGAAUGAAUAUUGUUUAUGCUUGCAAUCUGUCUUUUAAUCAAAGUUACACAAUGGAGUAUAAAAGGCUUUAUUCUGACUGUGUGUGAUGUUCAUACAUGUUAAUCAAUAAAACUGAAUGGCUUCUUGUGGUAAA